AUGGAUGGAAAUUGUGGGGGAAAUCCUCCUCCUAAUUCUCUAACUGAAGAUUUGUUGAUUGAAAUUCUAUUCUGGCUACCGGUAGCAUCUCUUUUACGAUUCAAGACUGUCCGCAAAAACUGGUGCUCGAUUAUUGGAAGCUCAGAUUUCAUCCAUCGACACGCCACUUUCCAGAACUCCACAAGUAAGUUGGGUAAUUUCAUCUUUCAAUAUCGUCCUAAACAUAUUAAUCAUUGGGAUUACAAACCAUAUUUUUUCGUGCUAUCUUCGUCGUCGUCUCGUGGUAGCCGAGAAGAUGAAGAAGAUUACGGGCAAUGGAGUUACAAAAACUUAGGUAUGUCACCUCAUCUAAGUGAUGAGGAUAAGUACGAAACGUAUGCUGCUAAGUAUCCUCCUCAAGCAAAUAUGGUGGGUUCUUGCCAUGGCAUUAUCUGUAUACAUCAUCCUCAUCUUAGGGAUGUUAUCCUUUGGAACCCUGCAACUAAGUUGUUUAGAUGUCUCCCUAAAUCAUUGCCUCUUCUAGACGAAUUUGGGAUAUUACAGUCAGAGUUUGUUUUAUUUGGUUUCGACUGCCGAACAUAUGAUUACAAGGUGGUGCUAAUCACUUUUUUCGAAAUCGAGAGUGUUCUUGAUUUCACUCCUAAGAGCAAGGUUCAAACAUAUAGCUUACGCUCGGAUUCUUGGAAGUGGAAAGGAUUUUCACACAAACGAAACGAGGAUGCUUUCUGGCGUUCGACGGUUGGUCUGUCCUUCAAUUUCAGCAGCGAAAGUUUCAGAAAGAUACAUGUUCCGGAUGAUACAUGUCGGUUAAAUGUCAUAGGAAGUGAUCAAGGAAAGAUUGUUUACACUACGUUUGUUUCAAACAGUACUUGUGAGUAUAUCAGUGAAGUAUAUGAAGUGUAUACUAUGAAGGAUUAUGAUUACAGUUGUACUGCUACAAAUGCGGAAAAUAAGAAGUACUCAUGGAUCAAACUACAUAGGUUCACUAUUGAUCAUCCUUAUGGCCGCUAUGGUCCUAAGGCAAUUACGAAAAAUGGAAUUGUUUGGUUUUCUACGUGGUUAUAA